AUGGCUCCUUCAACCCCUAACCGAAAGGCACACUGCGCCGACCACCCAAUUCCCUCACAGCGCGAAAUCGACCGCAUCAUCAAGUCCGUGAUAAAAGCCGCCAAACGACACAAGUUCGAUGCCACCAAAGACUGGAGGAGGCGUUUUUACAAAGCGAUUGGGAAAAAGGAGGACGCAGAGUUUGCUCGUCGACCUGAGCUUACAUUUUGGAUGGCCUGCUGUGCUAUGAAUUACGAUGAGGACCCGGGUAGUCGUAGGCACUGGUCUCUUUCCGUUACUGCACUGCCACAGAUCAUACAUAAGCAGUUGGCUAUUCAUGACCAGAAAGACUAA